GCUGCUCUGAGCAGAGUGGGGGUUAGAUUGUCAUACUCUGGCCCUCCCAGAGCUUUCUCUUUAAUGACUUUCUCCCCUCCCCCCACCCUCACAAUGAACAGUGAGAUAGUGGCUGGGGAAACAGGUGCUGAGUGGGGGACUCUUGUUUCAGAUGCUGGUGACCUUCGAGGAGGUGGCUGUGUAUUUCACCCAGGGACAGGGGGCGCUGUUGGACCCCACUCAGAGAGCCCUCUACAGGGACGUCAUGCAGGAGAACUAUGAGAUGGUGACCUCGCUGGGAUUUCCCAUUCCCAAACCUGACCUGAUCACCCGGCUGGAACAAGGGGACGAGCUGUGGGUCCUGGAUCUCCCAAGAGGCAGACACACAGGUGAUGAGACCAUGAUGAGUGAGAACAAGGAGAAGAAUCCACAACAGGUAGAUCCCGAGCAAGUGGAACUGCAGGGGAACUUUUUGAGAAGAGCUGAAGGGGAUUUUUCCCAAUCCUUGAAACAGAGAAAAGCUUGGAGGAGUCAGCAGAGAUCAGAGAGGCAGCUGGGAAUCCACCCAAUGAAGAAAGAGGAUGAAUCCAUUGAAUAUGGGGUAGGAUGCAAGAAUCCUGAGGAAACCUCAGUCCAGCAGACAAAUCCCAAGAAAGAAAAACCUUAUAAAUGUCUCAACUGUGGGAGAAGCUUCAUUCAGAAAUCGAACCUUAUCGCUCAUCAGAGAAUCCACACAGGCGAAAAAAACCAUAAGUGCUUGGACUGUGGGAAAACUUUCAGUGACAGCUCACAGCUUAUUAAACAUGGGAGAAUCCACACAGGAGAGAGACCUUAUAAGUGCCUGGACUGCGGGAAAAGCUUCAGUCAGAGCUCACACCUUAAUACGCAUCAGAGAGUGCACACAGGAGAGAGACCCUAUAAGUGUCUCAACUGUGGGAACAGUUUCACACAGAGAUCCAUCCUUAUCAGACAUCAGAGAAUCCACACUGGAGCUAAACCUCACAAAUGCCUCGACUGUGGGAAAAGUUUCGCUCACGGAUCAACCCUUAGUUCACAUGAGAAAAUCCACACAGGAGAGAAACCCCACAAGUGCUUGGACUGUGGGAAAAGCUUCAUUCAGCGAUCAGCCCUUACUACACACCAGAAAAUCCACACAGGAGAGAAACUUUAUAAAUGCUUAGACUGUGGGAAGAGUUUCACUCAGCGAUCAAAUCUGAUUUCACAUGAGAUGAUCCACAAAGGAGAAAAACCCCAUAAAUGCCUGGAGUGUGGGAAGAGCUUCUGUCACAGCUCAUACCUUCUUAGACAUCAGAGAAUCCACACAGGAGAGAGAAGCUACAAAUGCCUGGACUGUGGGAAAAGUUUCACUCAGAGAUCAACCCUUACGAGACAUCAGAAAAUCCAUACUGGAGAGAAACCCCACAAAUGCCUCGAUUGUGGGGAAAACUUUAAUGCAAACCUGUAUUUGAUUCAAAUGAUUUAUGCUGAAGAGAAACCCUAUAAGUGUCUCAACUGUGGGAAAAGUUUCAAUCAGAAAUCGAACCUUAUCACUCACCAGAGAAUCCACACAGGAGAGAGACCUUAUAAAUGCCUGGACUGUGGGAAAAGCUUCAGUCAGAGCUCACACCUUAUUACGCAUCAGAGAGUGCACACAGGAGAGAGACCCUAUAAGUGUCUCAACUGUGGGAACAGUUUCGCUCAGAGAUCCAUCCUUAUCAGACAUCAGAGAAUCCACACUGGAGAUAAACCUCACAAAUGCCUCGACUGUGGGAAAAGUUUUGCUCACAGAUCAACCCUUAGUUCACAUGAGAAAAUCCACACAGGAGAGAAACCCCACAAGUGCUUGGACUGUGGGAAAAGCUUCAUUCAGCGAUCAGCCCUUACUACACACCAGAAAAUCCACACAGGAGAGAAACUCUAUAAAUGCUUGGAUUGUGGGGAAAGUUUCACUCAGCGAUCAAACCUGAUUUCACAUGAGAUGAUCCACAAAGGAGAGAAACCCCAUAAAUGCUUGGAUUGUGGGAAAAGCUUCCGUGACAGCUCAGACCUUCUUAAACAUCAGAGAAUCCACACGGGAGAGAGAAUCUACAAAUGCCUCGACUGUGGGAAAAGUUUUGCUCACAGAUCAACCCUUAGUUCACAUGAGAAAAUCCACACAGGAGAGAAACCCCACAAGUGCUUGGACUGUGGGAAAAGCUUCAUUCAGCGAUCAGCCCUUACUACACACCAGAAAAUCCACACAGGAGAGAAACUCUAUAAAUGCUUGGAUUGUGGGGAAAGUUUCACUCAGCGAUCAAACCUGAUUUCACAUGAGAUGAUCCACAAAGGAGAGAAACCCCAUAAAUGCUUGGAUUGUGGGAAAAGCUUCCGUGACAGCUCAGACCUUCUUAAACAUCAGAGAAUCCACACGGGAGAGAGAAUCUACAAAUGCCUCGACUGUGGGAAAAGUUUUACUCAAAGAUCAACCCUUACAAGACAUCAGAAAAUCCAUACUGGAGAGAAACCCCACAAAUGCCUCUACUGUGGGAAAAGCUUCAUUCGGAGAUCAGCCCUUACUACACACCAGAAAAUCCACACAGGAGAGAAAACCUAUAAAUGCUUGGACUGUGGAGAGAGUUUCACUCAGCGAUCAAACCUGAUUUUACAUCAGAUUCUCCACAAAAGAGAGAAACCCCAUAAAUGGUUGGAUUGUGGGAAAAGUUUCAUUCAGAGUUCAAACCUGAUUUCACGUGAUAUGAGCCACAAAAGAGAGAAACCCCAUAAAUGCUUGGAUUGUGGGAAAAGCUUCCGUGACAGCUCAGACCUUCUUAAACAUCAGAGAAUCCACACGGGAGAGAGAAUCUACAAAUGCCUCGACUGUGGGAAAAGUUUUACUCAAAGAUCAACCCUUACAAGACAUCAGAAAAUCCAUACUGGAGAGAAACCCCACAAGUGCUUGGACUGUGGGAAAAGCUUCAUUCAGAGAUCAACUCUUACUAGACAUCAGAAAAUCCAUACUGGAGAUAAAUCCCACAAAUGCCUCGACUGUGGGAAAAGUUUCACUCAGAGAUCAACCCAUAUUAGACAUCAGAAAAUCCAUACUGGAGAUAAACCUCACAAAUGCUCAACUACAGGGAAAAGUUUCAUGUGGAGAUCAAACCUGAUUUCACGUGAGAUGAUCCACAAAAGAGAGGAAACCCAAAAAGACUUGGACUGUGGGAAAAGCUUCAAGAACAGCUCAACGCUCACUGAAACAUCGGCGAUGCCACACAGGAGACAGCUCUUAGAAAUACCUUGACUGUGGGAAAGAUUCAGUCAGAGCUCACCCAUUAUCAUACAUUGAAGAGUCCCCACAAGAGAGAGACUUUGAAUGUAGGGGAAGCUUCAUCUGGUGAUCCAGAAGUAUAAAGCAACAGCAAACCCACCCAGGGUAGAGACCCCUUAUGGCAGGGGUGGGCAAACUACGGCCCAUGGGCCAGAUCUGGCCCCUCAGGGCUUUGGAUCCGGCCCACGGGACUUACCCCCCCCCCCUCGUGGUGCCGCGGACCCCACGCCGCUCUCGGAAGCGUCGGGCACAACGUCCCUGCGGCCCCCAGGUGGUGGGGCAGAGGGCUCCGUGCGUUGCCCUUGCCUUCAGGUACCGCUCCCCCGCAGCUCCCAUUGGCCGGGAAUGGGGAACUGCAACCAAUGGGAGCU